AUGUUGUAUGCUUUCAGGGAGGAGGGCGAAGAGAAGCCAAAGCCGACGGAGAACCAAGACGACGGGUACGAGACGAGUAACAGCGGCGAGGCGGCGCGUCGCAAGCCCUCGAGCGCGGAGGGCUCGCCCGCGCCGCCCGCCGAACCCUCCCCGCCACCCGACCCGCCGUACGAACCGCUCAUGCGCCACUACGAGCCUGAACCCGAGCCUUACAGGCACUUUGAACCUCCGGCGCCACCGCCUCCACACCAACCAGAACCACAGCACUACCAACAUUUCCCCUUCCCAAAAUAUGGCGGCGACCAUUACGGAUUUAAGCGUGAACCUGAAAUGCCGUACGACAUGAGUCAGCAUCAGCCCCACCAACAAUAUGGGGGGCCUUUACAGAAGCGAGAGGAUGAUAUAUUAUAUAAUGGAAUCAAGCGAGAAUGUGAGGAUCCGUACUCGUUUGUUGAAGAGGAUGCCAUGUGUGCGAUGCUGGCGGGGCCCCAGCACCAUGCGGUACCUCAGCAUAUGCACCACGAGCAUGAACAUCAUCCACACGAUCACCACAUGAUGCAUCCGCAACAGAUGAUGCUCAACCAACCCAAGAAACGAGGCAGAAAGAAGAAGAUUAAAGAUGAAAAUGGGUAA